CAUGCGUUUGUUGGGAUGCCAGGCAGCAACAACGAUCGAAAUGCUUUAGGUUCGUCGCCGCUAAUUAGCGAGUACAUUGAUGAAAACGCUCCUCAGUUUUUGAACGAAGUUUAUGGCCAUAGAUACGAUUUUCUCUACUAUUCGACCGAUGGUACCUACCCUGACUGCCGCAGCUUCGUAAAAACAAUUUCGGCGCCAAUUAACAAGCGAUACGUGGCUUAA